AUGUCGUCCCCGUCCCUCCCCCACCCGCGCCGCAUCGUCACCGGCCACGACCCCGCGGGCAAGGCGAUCUUCCUCGCCGACUCGCGCAUCCCGCUGGAACACACGCCGCUGGGCGCCAGCCUCGGCGUGCUCUGGGAGACCAAGCAGUUCCCCGCGGACAACUCGGGCAGCGAGGACCCAGUGACCACGAGGACGACGGAUCUCGCUAACAAGAGCGGGGUGGUGCUCAGGGUGGUGGACAUUGAGCCCGGCACGACGGAGGCCAAGAUGCUCUUCCACAGGACUGAGUCGCUCGACUUUGGCAUCUUGUUUGACGGCGAAGUCUCAUGCUACUUGGACGACGGCGCCAAGGUCGACAUGAAGCCCGGCGACAUGUGCGUCCAGCGCGGCACGAUCCACGGGUGGACAAACACGGGCACCAAGACGGCGAGGCUGUAUUUUUGCUUGAUUGCUGCCGACCCGGUCAAGGUGGGAGAUAAAGUGCUCGGGGCGCAUGGGUAUCACAAGGAGGAUGUUGCUUCGGGGUGGAAGUAG